AUGACUUCCAAGCUGAGUUUUCACACGACAGAAGACGAAAAACUUGUUGAAUGUGUUGGAAACUGUCCUGCUUUGUAUGACACAGGAAAUAAGGACUAUAAAAAUCAGGUAGUACGGGAAAACAUCUGGAAAUGUAUAGCCGAAACUGUACAAAGAACACCUGAAGAUUGCAAGAAAAGAUGGCGGAAUAUUAAGGACACAUAUAUGAAAAUAAGGCGUACUACUAAUCCUACUGGUUCAGCUGCAACACCUAAAUCUAAGUGGCCAUUAUUAUCACAAAUGUCUUUUAUGGACAAUACGCCUUACCAAAGAAGUACUCAAAGUAAUUUGCAAUCGCAAGAAACUACCCUUGAUUCUGAUGUGCCAGAAGACAUCUCAGAAUCUGAAAAUAAUAUUCCCUCUAACCCGCCUACAGGCAUCACAUCUGCACUCCAUGAUACACAAAUAACUUAUUCUAAGUCACAGAAAACACCCUCUUCGACGACUGGGAAGAGAAGGAGGGAUGACAAUACACAAAUAUUGGAAAUAUUAAAGCAAAGAUCCGCGGAUAGAGAAAAGAUAAUGGAAAAUAUUAAAAGCUCUAAAUCGGAUGCUGCAGAUCAGGAUCCGGUAUUAUUAUUUUUCAAAAGCAUGGCAAUUACUGUAAAUACUUUUGAACCGGAAUUAAUAGCAGAAGCAAAAGCUCGUAUUUUUGGUAUUGUGAACGAAUUAGAAAUUAGAUCCAUUCGCACAAAAAAACCUAGGACUGAUCCAAUCCCCCCAGAUAAUCUUUCGCGUACAGAAACAUCUACAUCUGACACACAAAGCGAUGUAGGAACAUAUUACUCAUACUUCUCUCCUCUUACUGACGGUGAACUUACUCAACUUUAA